CAUUGCCAAUUACUGAACUCUUGCUCAUAUAAUUACACAAUAAAAUCUCUAAUAAUUGAUCAUUGAUUGACUCGAUCAUAUCAUCAUCCACAAUGUCUGUGUUCCCUACCUUGCACUGCAGCGAGGCUGCCAGUGAGGUUGUCUCCUCCAAUGAUAAUGCAGCCGGGGUCUGCCAAUGUAUUAUUACUCGCUCAACUUCCAAACUCCAAGACCACGAUGAGGGCUCGAUUGUUCAUAUGUUCGAUUCUGAGCUCGAUCAAUUGCUGGAACACGAGUUACUCCGGCAAUUGCUGAAAAAGGAUGAGAUUGUCGAGGCACGACUCGAUGCCAUUGACUGGAUGUUGAAGGUGCAUGGUUACUAUAAUUUCAGAGAUGAAACAGCUUAUCUUUCUGUUAACUACUUGGACCGAUUCCUCUGUUCUCAUGCUUUGCCGGAGGGGAAAAGAUGGCUGUGGCAGUUACUAUCGGUGGCAUGCUUGUCUCUGGCUGCCAAAAUGGAGGAAACAAGAGCUCCUCUUUUGUUGGACUUACAAGUGUUAGAACCAAAAUUCAUGUUCGAGCCCAAAACAGUUCAACGUAUGGAGCUCUUUGUCAUGGCCAAGCUCAGAUGGCGGUUACGAGUCGUCACGCCCUUUGAUUUUGUAGAUUAUUUCAUUGCAAAGCUUCAAUGUCUCAAUCCAAACGUUGAUCACUUCUGUUGUCUGUUCUAUAGGGUCCAAGGACUCAUUCUAAGUAGCUGCCAAGUGGUUGAUUUCUUAGAUUAUACACCCUCAACCAUAGCAGCUGCUGCUGUGCUUUGCACGAUUGAUGAGAAAGUGAAUGAUCACAAAACAAUUAUCUUUCAUGAGAAAGUGAGCAAAGAAUUGGUGAAAAGAUGUUGCCAACUUUUCAAAGGGCAUUUGAAGAUCGACAUGUUUCGACCAGCACACAAUGAACCGAAGAUAUUGAAGUCAGUUCCACCGAGUCCUGUUGGAGUGAUUGAAGCAGCGAGCGCUAAGACUUGCGAAGCAGAGAUUGAGAAGCCAAGCAAGCAGUGAAGUUGGAAGUAGAUUUAUAACUUGCACUGUUGUUUCUGUUGCCCAAUUCUUUUCAUAAAUGUGUCUUUUUGUAUUAUAGAAUCAUGAAUUUUGAUUAGAAUUGGAAGCAUUUUCUUUCUCCCUUUCUUUGCAGAGAGAUUGUAUGCACGUUUGCUAUAAAUUGAAACAAUAAUAGUAAAUGAUGUCGACAUUUCAAACAGUAUUUUUUUUUUC